ACGGUUUUGCAAUGCGAUGGUGCGAUACUACGAGGUGCUAUCCACUUGUUCGAUAAUUGGCUUUUGUCGAUUAUCUCGAUAUCUCGCGUUAUAUAGUCGUUUAAUCGAGGCGGAGCUAGGUCAGAACGCGACGAGGCAUCUAUCGUCACAUCGCCUCGCGAUAUUUUCGUUUUCGCGCCGGAUUCCAUCGCCGCCAUGACGGAGGCCAAGGAGGAAACGUGGAAGAGGAAGAGGGUUUCUCUCGGAGUCGGCGGUGCCUUGGUGGAGCUGGAGCAGGAUCCCGAACGUGGUAGCUGGGCCAAUCCCAUCGAGUUUGUUCUAUCCUGCAUCGGGUAUGCCGUUGGCAUUGGCAAUGUUUGGCGUUUCCCUUACCUUGUAUAUCGUAAUGGCGGUGGUGCUUUUAUAAUUCCGUUCGUUUUAAUGCUGAUAACCAUGGGAUUACCGAUAUUUUUUUUGGAACUGGCCGUUGGACAGUAUUCCGGGCUCGGCCCUAACGAGGCGUUCAAACGUAUGGCGCCGGCACUCGAGGGCCUCGGUUAUUGCACCCUGGUCGUCAUUUUGCUCGUAAUGGUCUACUACAUGGUGAUCGUUGCCUGGACACUCUUCUACACGUUCCUCUCGUUCCUGCCGAAGCUCAGUUGGGCCUACUGCGACAACGAUUUCAACACGAACCAUUGUUACAGCGGGCUUCAAGAGAUUCAAUGUCAAACGGACGAUCCGGAAACGAUAUUUUACAACAAGAGUUGUAUAUCGGCCAGCCACGUAUGCCGGAGCUUCGAUUUCGACGAUGGGAACGUCACGCAUUGUUUCAAAGCUGACAAAGUGGAACUCCUUCGAAACCUUUACACACGGAUCCUUUCGUCGGAGGAAUAUUUCAACGACUAUGUGCUCGGUAUACGAGGAGCUACGUGGGAACACUUCGGAGGCGUGAGAUGGGAAUUGUUAGGAUGUCUGACCCUCGCUUGGAUAAUCUGCUUCUUGUGUCUGAUGCGUGGCGUCCAAUCCAUUGGAAAAAUCGUCUACUUCACCGCCCUUUUCCCCUACGUCAUGCUUAUAGCGUUGCUGAUACGAGGCGUGACGUUGGAAGGUGCCCUCGACGGCUCUCUUUGGUUCAUCAUGCCAAAAUGGUCCACCUUGCAAUCAACCAGUGUCUGGGCGGAUGCCGCCUCCCAAGUUUUCUAUUCCCUCGGUAUCGGUUGCGGUUCCCUGAUCACGCUCUCGAGCUACAGCAACUUCAACAACAAUUGUCACAGAGACGCGAUAUUCGUAAGUUUCACGAACCUAGCCACGUCGAUUUUCGCCGGUUUCGUCAUCUUCUCGAUCAUGGGAUUCCUCGCCCACCAAAUGGGGGUUUCGGUCGAGGAUGUGAUACAGAGUGGAGCGGGGCUUGCGUUCAUCGCGUAUCCGGAAGCGGUGGUGCGGAUGCCGUUGCCCAACGUGUGGGCCGUCCUCUUCUUCGUCAUGCUGUUCAUCCUGGGUAUCGGGAGCCAAUUCGCAGGCGUGCAGGCGAUAAACACCGCCAUAUUGGACCUCCGGCCGGAUUUACGAAAACGGGAGAGGCUGGUCGUGUUGGGUAUAUGCGUCACUUGCUGGUUCCUCGCCAUACCGAUGGUGUUCGACGGAGGUAUUUACCUGUUCACGCUGAUGGACUGGAACACCGCUUCUUGGGCGAUACUAUUGAUCGGCAUUGCCGAGGUCGGCGUGGUAGGCUGGUGUUACGGGUGCAACAAAUUCCUGCGUAACAUAGCCGAGAUGCAAAUGCGGUUCAACCUUUUGCUCCGCAGAUACUGGUGGCUCAGCUGGGUCGUGCUCGCGCCUAUCACUUGCCUGGUGGUGUUCGUGUAUCAAAUAUAUACGUACGAGAUGCCUCGUUAUGGCAAGUACAUAUUCCCUAACUGGGCGAAUGCGAUCGGAAUACUGAUCGGCCUGUCGACCCUCGCCCCGAUGCCGUUGUUCUUCAUCCGCCGCGUUUGGAAAGGGCCGAGGGACCGCAGCAUGUUUCGACCAAAGAAGACGUGGGGGCCGGCCGUGGAAAAAAGUAAGGACGCCGUGUCCACGGUGUCCGUCAAGGUAUCCGAACCGCGUGGGAACGAGUCGCAGGAGAAUUCCGUUUAACUCGACGUGACAUGACGAGUUUCGACCAAAUCCAUCCAUCCUUCUUCUUCUUCUUCUUCCACGAUUCUAGUCACGUGGAAGAAAAGAGAAAAAGAAAAAACGCUCUCUUC